CUCCUGCCGGAAGUCCGCUCUGGCGCUAGGCCCCCCGACUGCAGCCGGAGCCGGAGCCGCCCAGUCGCCGCGGGACCUGGGCCGCUGGGGUCCAGUCAGGGGUCGCCAUGAUCCGCUUCAUCCUCAUCCAGAACCGGGCGGGCAAGACGCGCCUGGCCAAGUGGUACAUGCAGUUCGACGACGACGAGAAGCAGAAGCUGAUCGAGGAGGUGCACGCCGUGGUCACCGUGCGCGACGCCAAGCACACCAACUUCGUGGAGUUCCGCAACUUCAAGAUCAUCUACCGGCGCUACGCCGGCCUCUACUUCUGCAUCUGCGUGGACGUCAACGACAACAACCUGGCCUACCUGGAGGCCAUCCACAACUUCGUGGAGGUCUUAAACGAGUAUUUCCAUAACGUCUGUGAACUGGACCUGGUGUUCAACUUCUACAAGGUCUACACGGUGGUGGACGAGAUGUUCCUCGCGGGCGAGAUCCGUGAGACGAGCCAGACCAAGGUGCUGAAGCAGCUGCUGAUGCUGCAGUCGCUGGAGUGAGGUGCCCGGAGGAAGGGGCCCAGCGGGGUCUGGGCCCCCCGAGGGAGGAGACCGCACCCCUGCCUCAGGGCCACCGCGUGCGUCCCGAGGAACUGCGCCGUUGUCGUGUGAGGCCGUGUGUGUGCGUGUGUGUGUGCCUGCGAGUGCCUGGAGCCCUCAAUAAACCUGUGGUCCCACCCA